CACUACACAUUGUAUACCAGUGGUCAAGUCAAUCGCUUGUUUAUUGCCGAUAGUUUUAGUGUUUAGUGGAAGCAGGAAGCUUGUCCUUUAAGGCGACCCGUAGCCCGGCCCGGAAGUUUGUGGUACAAAACAAUAACGUGAGUCUCCUGUGUGCUGGAGGGAAAAUCUGAGCAUCACACUGAAGGCUAUUUUAGUUGUAUGUCAGAAACCAAAAUGGAUGAAAACGAAGAUUCCAGUAUAGCUGCGACCAUGGGCUUCUCUGGAUUUGGUAAAAAGGCACGCACAUUUGACUUGGAAGCUAUGUUUGAGCAAACACGCAGAACGGCAGUCGAGAGAAGUAAACAAACAUUGGAAGCAAGAGAGAAAGAAGAGCAGCUCUCCAAUAAAAGUCCAGUCAUUAAAGGCGCACCUUCCAGUUCUGGGCAGAAAAAAACCAAGGCUUCAGGUUCCAGUGGUUCUGAGGACAGCUCAGAUGAUGAGUUAAUUGGUCCUCCUCUACCUCCUAAUGUCACUGGAGAUCAUGGGGAUGAGCUCAUUGGCCCUCCACUCCCCCCUGGGUACAAGGACAGUGAUGACGAGGAUGAUGAAGAGCAUGAAGACGAUGAUAAUCCAGUUAAGGACAUCCCAGACUCCCAUGAAAUUACUCUUCAGCAUGGCACAAAGACUGUUUCUGCAUUGGGACUGGAUCCAUCUGGUGCACGUCUGGUGACUGGUGGAUAUGAUUAUGACGUUCGAUUUUGGGAUUUUGCAGGAAUGGAUGCCUCUCUACAGGCAUUUAGAUCCCUACAGCCAUGUGAAUGUCAUCAGAUAAAGUCCCUUCAGUACAGCAACACAGGGGAUGUUAUUCUUGUGGUGGCUGGAAACUCCCAAGCUAAAGUACUUGACAGAGAUGGAUUCCCAGUCAUGGAGUGUGUUAAAGGAGACCAGUACAUAGUGGACAUGGCAAAUACUAAGGGCCACACGGCCAUGCUUAAUGGAGGAUGUUGGCAUCCCAAAAUAAAGGAAGAAUUUAUGACCUGUUCAAAUGAUGGGACUGUGCGUACUUGGGAUGUCUCCAAUGAGAAGAAGCACAAGGGUAUAUUUAAACCAAGAUCUGUGCAAGGGAAACCUGUGAUCCCAACGUGCUGCACUUACAGCAGAGAUGGCAAAUUCAUUGCAGCGGGGUGCCAAGAUGGAUCCAUCCAGAUCUGGGAUCGUAAUAUGAGUGUCCACACAAAAUUCCAUUGUAGACAAGCACAUACUCCUGGUACUGAUACAUCCUGUGUGACUUUUUCGUAUGGUGGCAAUGUCCUUGCUACUCGAGGAGGAGAUGACACCUUAAAAACUUGGGACAUCAGAAAAUUUAAGAAUCCUCUUAAUGUGGCCUCUGGGUUAGAAAACUUUUUUCCAAUGACCGAUUGCUGCUUCAGCCCAGACGAUAAACUCUUGAUAACCGGGACCUCCGUAAAGAGAGGCAUCGGUGAUGGAAAGUUACUGUUCUUUGACGUAGUGACAUUUCAGAAGAUCUAUGAAAUCCAGGUCACAGAAGCGAGUGUUGUUCGAUGCCUUUGGCACCCAAAGCUGAACCAGAUCAUGGUGGGCACUGGCAAUGGAUUGGCUAAAGUAUAUUAUGAUCCCAACAGAAGCCAGAGGGGAGCCAAGUUAUGUGUUGUUAAAACUCAGCGAAAGGAACGGCAAGCAGAAACUCUGACCCAGGAUUAUAUUAUUACACCUCAUGCUCUUCCAAUGUUCAGAGAGCCUCGCCAGAGGAGUACGAGGAAGCAGCUGGAGAAGGAUCGAUUGGACCCUGUGAAAUCUCAUAAACCCGAGCCACCAGUUGCUGGGCCAGGUCGUGGGGGCCGAGUGGGUACCCACGGAGGCACCCUGUCUUCAUUUAUUGUGAAGAACAUUGCGCUAGAUAAGACCGAUGACAGCAACGCACGAGAAGCUAUACUCCGACAUGCAAAGGACGCAGAACAAAACCCUUAUUGGGUCGCUCCAGCAUAUUCCAAGACGCAGCCCAACACUGUCUUUGCUGAAGUGGAUUCAGAUGAGGAGGAACCAGACAAUGAACCGGAGUGGAAGAAGCGCAAGAUCUGAACAAUAAAGGAGUUUGCUGUGUUAUAUUUAGGGGCAUAUUUAUCAAGGAUCCAAUUUCGAAUUUGAAAAACUUUGAAAUUCGAAAAGACCAACCGAAAUUAAGUUAAAGUUUUUGUUGGUUGAAUAGGUCCAAUAUCGAUCGAAUAGGUCCGUAUUCGGCCGAAUUUGAAUAGUACAAAUCGAAGUAAUAGCGCAUUCGAUCUAAUUCGUUUUUCCCAAAAAAAAAAAAGUCCACCAAUUGACUCCAUAGGCUAAAACAUCAAUUUGGUAGGUUGAAACAGUACAUGAUAUUUCGAUAUUCAAAUUUAAAUUUUUUUUUUUUCAAAUUUGGACUAUUCCCUAGUCGAAGUACACAAAAAAUAGCUAGAAAUUCAAUUUUUUUGAAUUUGAAAAUUCACCUGGACCUGUUAAAUCUGCCCCUUAGUGUCUCUGCUGAACACAUUCAUUCUGUUCCUUUUAAAUCUGUUGUUUUUUCACACUUUUCUUUUUUUUAGAUAUCAGACUGUAUUUGAUAAAUCGAGGACAAAUAAAGUAAAAAAAAAAACUCUCUUGA